AUCCUGUCACUAACGAAGUAACAACUCAUAUUUACAGGAAGGCUAAAGGCUGGCUCACUCCCUCACUCAUUCAAGCACUCUCGUCUCCAUCUUCUAACACUCAGUCAGAUAAAGAAAAUAUGCAGAGCGGGCGUGGUAACGAGGUUUUCGACGUGAUCAUCGUCGGCGGCGGUGUAAUGGGAAGCGCCACCGCGUACCACGCUGCAAAGAGGGGUCUCCGGACACUCCUCCUCGAGCAAUUCGACUUCCUCCACCACCGUGGCUCCUCCCACGGCGAGUCCCGCACAAUCCGCGCAACGUACCCACAGCACCAUUACUACCCACUCGUCAUGGAAUCUUACACGCUCUGGCAGCAGGCCCAGGCCCAAAUCGGCUACACUGUCUACUUCCCGGCCCACCAUCUCGAUAUCGGCCCAGCUCAAGAACCAAUCCUCCGCGCCGUCAUCGACAAUUGCCGCCGGCACGCCAUGCCGCACGAGAUCCUCAACCGCCGCCAGCUGGCGGCGAAGUUCCCGGGCCGCAUCGACAUGCCGGACGAUUGGAUCGGAAUAUUCAACCGCCUGGGCGGCAUCAUAAAGCCGACGAAGGCGGUUGCGAUGUUCCAAUCGCUAGCGCACAAAAACGGUGCAGUUUUAAAGGACAAAGCUGAAGUAAUCGACGUUAAAAAAGAGGGAGAAAACGGCGUCGUUGUUUUUACAUCUAACGGCGAAAGUUAUCGCGGAAGGAAGUGUGUUGUAACGGUAGGAGCAUGGGUUAACAAGCUUGUGAAGAAAGUGAUUGGAGUUGAAUUACCGAUUCAGCCACUAGAGACUCAUGUGUUUUACUGGAGGGUGAAGGAGGGGCACGAAGGGGAUUUCGCAGUAGGGGGUGAUUUUCCUACCUUUGCUAGCUGUACAGGGGAAGGAGGGAUUUACGUGUACGGAACACCAUCAUUGGAGUUCCCGGGUUUGGUUAAGGUCGCAGUCCACGGUGGAAAUCCGUGUGACCCGGAUAAGAGACCUUGGGGUUCAGGGUAUAGAGUUCAAGAUUUAAAGAAGUGGAUUCAACAUACGUUCAUGGGCUUGGUCGAUUCGAGCGAGCCCGUGGUGAAGCAGGCCUGCAUGUAUUCUAUGACGCCAGAUGAAGAUUUUAUUGUGGAUUUCUUGGGUGGGGAGUUUGGGAAGGAUGUGGUAGUGGGUGGCGGGUUUUCGGGUCACGGGUUCAAGAUGGCCCCGGUUAUUGGAAGGGUUUUAACUGAGCUUGCUGUUGAUGGGGUUGCAAGUGGGGUUGACAUCAAACCCUUCAGGAUUUCAAGGUUUAGCAUGAAUUCUAGGAUUUGAUUUGACAAAAUUGAUGUUUAUGUGAACGGCCCAUGCAAAAUUAGACUGUGAAUCUGUGGAGUUGAGUUGUGAGAUUGCAUGAUCAAAAUAGCAUUUGCCAUACGUUAAUAUUCUCCUUUCCAUUUUCAUGUACUAAUAAUGUAUUAGUCGUACCUAUGCUUGGUUCUUUGUGAUGUGUUGUUUGUUUUGUUCUUUAAGUUGUAGUGGUAGCUGGUUGUGCCGUCUUGUCUGGCCAAGUUGCAAUAAAGGCAUGUGAAUGGAGAUUGAAAAUUGAAAUAUAAUAAUAAUUUGGUAGGGAAGCUUUUGUGA